GGAGGCGUCGGAAAGAUGAGAGAUGAUUAAAAAAAAGUUGGGUUUUCUUCUUAUUUAUCUUUUCUGAUGCAAAAAGGCCUUAAAAAGGCCGCUCCCUUCGCUCCUUUCUAAUCCUUUUCGCUCGAGUCAUUACGUUGUUGCCUGCAAACCCUAGUCGUCGUCGAUCUCCAUGGACAGGCACCGGAACGAGCGCUUCGACGACCGCUUCGGUGACGACGGCGUGCGGCAUGUGCCGUCUCGCUGGUCCUCCGGCAGUCCCACCGAGCGGCAACCCCGCUACCCCAGGAGCGGCGCAGGAUCCGGCGGCGAGGGAUUCACUGGAGGAAGUAGCGGCGCGGGAGGUCGCUACCAUCCCUACCGUGCAAUGCAGGACCUCCCUCCGCCACCUGCCGCUGCUGGGUUCCCUGGCGGAGAUCCCGGGGGCUUCGGCCACGUGCCGCCCGCGAGUGGGCCAAGACGCGGAUUCUCUGGUCGAGGGGGUUCUCCAGAUCGCACUGGUGGAAAUCAAUUUGCCAAGCUUUUUAUUGGAGCAGUUCCAAGGACAGCAACUGAAGAGGAUAUUCGUCCUUUGUUUGAGGAGCAUGGAUAUGUCAUCGAAGUGGCAUUUAUAAAAGAUAGGAAAACUGGAGAGCAACAAGGAUGUUGUUUUGUAAAAUAUGCCACUUCUGAAGAGGCUGAUAAAGCCAUCAGGGCUUUACAUAAUCAAUAUACUUUGCCUGGAGGAUCAGGACCUAUUCAAGUAAGAUAUGCUGAUGGAGACAGAAACCAUCCUGGUGCUGUUGCUGAAGACAAACUGUUUGUUGCAUCAUUUGGCAAGCAAGCAACUGCAAAGGAGAUUGAGGAAGUUUUCUCUCCAUAUGGGCCAGUCGUAGACGUAUACAUAAUGAGAGAUUCAUGGGGUCAAAGUCGUGGAUGUGGUUUUGUUAAAUUCGCAAAUAGAGAAAUGGCAGCAGCAGCUAUGAAUGCCCUCGAUGGAAGUUUUGUGAUGAUGGGAUGUGAUCAACCAUUGGUUGUUCGAUUUGCUGAUCCUAAGCGACCUAGGACUGCAGACCAGAGGAAUGGACCUGCAUUUGGUGGACCUGGUGUUAGUCCUCGAUCUGAUGCAGCAUUAGUCAUCAGACCAACAGCUAAUCUUGAUGAGCCAAGGAAUGGGCCUAAGCCAGCUGAUGCUUGGCACCCGUUGAGUCCUGCAGGUCAGUCGAAUUCACAUGGAUCUGGAGGUGUCAUGCCAAUCAAAGGUGGUCCCCUUGGAACAUCUUCAGAUCCAAGUCAUUUUGGAUCAACUGUUGGUUCGAAUGCUGGUCCGGUCUCAAGUCCUUCAGUGCCACCUUCAUCACAAGUCUUAAAUGAUCUUUUCCUUGGAUUCAAUCCUUCAAUGGCGACAGUCCCUCAGUUUGGUAGCCAGCAAAUAUCAGCAUUGCAGAAGCCAAUGGGACCUUUACAGCAUUUUGGUCAGCAUCAACUUCUUCACUCUGGUGGCCUAUCCUCAAACCAAAACAUAUCAUCACAACAGCUAGCUGGAGUGAGUGGGCCACCAUCCUCUCAACCUUUAAUGCAGCAAAUUACCUCUUCUAUAGGCCUGCAGACUCCUUCAAACCUACAAGCACAGGCUAUGCCUGCUAAUGCCAACCUUCCACAGUUUGCCACAUCUAAUGUCACGCCUCAGAUGCUUCAGCAGCCUAUUCAACCGUUUCCAUCACAACUGCCUCAGAUGCUGCUCCAGCAACAGGCACAAGCCUUACAAUCUAGUUUCCAAUCAUCUCAACAGGCAAUUUUCCAAUUGCAACAGCAGCUGCAGCAAAUGCAACAGCACCAGACACUUUCCGAGGGUUCUAAAUUGCAGGCUACUAGUACAGCUGCCAGCACACCUGCUUCAGUCAUCCCUACGACUGUGUCAUCUCUUCCAGUUCCAGUAAAUUCUUCACUUCCAGUUCCUAUAACCUGCAAUUGGACAGAGCAUACCUCUCCUGAUGGAUUUAAGUAUUACUAUAAUAGUGUUACUCAAGAGAGUAAGUGGGAGAAGCCUGAAGAAUUGGCAGUGUUUGAACAGCAGCAACAACAACAACAGAAGUUGCUUUUAUUGCAGCAGCAGCAGCAGCAGCAGCAGCAACAACAGCAGCACCGGCAGCAGCAACAGCACCGGCAGCAGCAACAACACCAACAAAAGCUUUCUUUCCAACAGCACCCAUCACAAUUUGACACCAAAUCACACUUGCCCAUUCAGCUAAACCAGCAAGUUUUGCCUGCACAAGUGCAACCUCAGAUGAUGAGGCAACAAGCACAAUUGCAACUUCAAGCUAUGCAAAUGUAUCAAGCUUCUGGUGGAGCCCAACCACAUGGGCAAGAUUUUUCUGGACAAGUGAAAGCUGCUGGGUCUGCAACUGAUCCUGCAAAAGUCCAACAGGGGAUUCCACCAGCACAAGAAUGGGUUUUGAAAAACAAACCUUCAGGUACUUGGAUCCAGCCUUGAGGUCAACUGUAGGAGAGCUUAAAGAUCCACAGAAAAUAGCUGUUGUAGCUGUUUGAUGCGUUCAAACUUUGUACUAUUAACAUUUAGCAAAAUAAUUAUUGCUUAUUUAUAUCAGUUUGUCUCCGGAUUAUGCCUUGUGUUCUAAAUUUUGUUAAGGGUUGUCAUCACCCUUUGAUCUUUUGUAGCAAGGAUCAUAACCCUUUGAUGCAUGUAUUUCUACUAUUAGCAUUUAGUGAAAUUAGCACUGCUUAUUUGUA